GAGAGGCUCAGAGCGGAGCUGAGAGAAGCCACCCAAACUUCCCCAAACAACCAAGCAAGUGGAGCUACGGGGUGACUGGCUGCUUGGGUUCCGGACCGCAUGGCUGCUCGCUUCCCGCAACAAUAACUCCCGCAGUCUAUAAAGUUCUGGUGGCGGAGGCGGACGGGGGGGGGUCUCCGGUUGGGAAGAUGGAGCAUUUAUCAAGGAGCAGGUCGCGCAGGAGAAUACCACUGUGGCUUUGUAUUCUGCUUCACCUAACGACAUCACAAGCUGCUGAUCCCAUUGAUGUUCUGCGAGUGCUGGAGCUGUCAGAGAACAUGGAGGGGGUGUCCUUGGAGGCUGGUCUCUGCACCAGCAGGAGGGGCACAGAGGAAACAGAUCUGGCCUACAAGAUAGACAAAAAGAUCCAGCUCAGUGCUCCCACCAAACAGCUCUUCCCUGAGUCGAGCUUUCCGGAGAACUUCUCCCUGAUGACAACGGUGAGGGCCAAAAAGGACGCCCAGUUCUUCCUGCUGUCAGUGUAUGACGACCAGGGGGUGCAGCAACUGGGCCUCGAGGUGGGACGUUCACCCGUCUUCCUCUACGAGGACCAACACGGGCAGCCCACACCGGAACAGUACCCCACCUUCAAGAAGGUCAACCUGGCAGAUGGAAAAUGGCACAGGAUAGCCUACAGCGUGCAGGACAAGACCGUCACCCUCUACCUGGACUGUCAGAGGGUGGAGACCCUGGAGCUGCUGCGAGGAGACCAUGCUGCCGUCAGCACAGGCGGCGUUACCGUGUUUGGCACACGCCUGCUGGAUGAAGACGUAUUUGAAGGGGAUAUUCAGCAGCUACUGAUUGUGGAGGAGCCUCACGCUGCUGCUAACUACUGUGAGAUCUACAUCCCAGACUGUGACUCCGCUUUGCCCUACAACACCCAAGUCCUAUCAGCCAAGCAGCAGGAGAGCCCCCGACUGCGCUCUGAUGCGUUGAUGCAACGUGACCAGCCCGAUGAACCAAAGGUGGUCUCCGGUAGCGACAGCAAAGGCAAAAAGAACAAAAAGAAUCGGAACAAGGGCACGAAAGGCAAAGGCAAGCGCAAAGGUAAAGGCAAGGGGAAGAAGGCGUCCAGGAAGAAAAAGCAUGAAGACGAGGCUCUGGAAGAUGGGUUCCUCCGAGUAUCCACAGCAGCACCUGAGCAUCUGCACCAGGAACCACUCAUGACUACGGAGCUGCCUGACAUUAUGAGCACACUAGAAAGUGUUAUUCCCACUGACGUCCUCGACAAGACCCUCAUAGAGAUGCCCACGCACGAACCUGAUUUCACAAGCGAGGCGCCCACCGUGGUACCCAGUGCUUUGCCAGAAUGGGUGGUUACUGAGGAGGAGGACAAGUCAGUGAAGGAGCCAGUGGUGGAGGAGUAUGGCGAUGACCUUAACAAAGACCUUUAUGAUGAUCUUGGUGUUUCCACGUUAACGUCGGGCCCAAAUGUUACGGAAAGCGAGAUUUUCGAAUAUGAAGAUCACAAGAACGACACAGACUCAGAGUACGAGGAGUAUGAAAUAUACGAGGAUGCCUUUGACUUUGCAGAGCGCGAUCGAGCGGAGACGUGGAACGGAGAGGCUAGUUUCAGAGCAGAGAAAGGCCAGAAAGGAGAGCGAGCUGUUAUCGAACCAGGCACAUUAGUGCAAGGACCCCCAGGUGCACGAGGUCCAGAGGGGCUUCCUGGCCCAGCUGGACCAACUGGACCUCCAGGACCGAGGGGGGAUCCUGGUGAAGUGGGUCCCCAGGGACGUCCUGGACUCGCUGGGGCUGAUGGGAUUCCAGGUCCUCCGGGAACACUGUUGAUGCUGCCUUUCCAAUAUGGAGGUGAUUCCCAGAAAGGACCAGUGGUGUCCCCCCAGCAGGCGCAGGCACAAGCCAUCCUGGAGCAAGCCAAGCUGUCACUGAAGGGACCUCCAGGCCCGUUGGGUCUUACAGGACGACCGGGCCCAGUGGGUCUUCCUGGUCCCAGUGGGUUGAAAGGAGACAGAGGAGACAGUGGCCCUUCUGGACCACGAGGGUUGCCAGGUCCUCCUGGAAUAAAUGGAAAACCUGGAAAGAGGGGACGUGCAGGAGUGGACGGAGGUCGCGGAGCUCCAGGUGAAACCGGCUCUAAGGGGGACAGGGGCUUUGACGGUCUGCCAGGUCUCCCAGGAAACAAGGGACACAAAGGGGACAGAGGAAGGCCUGGUCCUCUAGGGCCGGCUGGAGAGCCAGGAGACAAGGGACCUGAUGGACCUCUGGGGCCAAGAGGGCAACCAGGCGAACCUGGUCCUAGGGGUCUUGUCGGGCCAAGAGGGACACCUGGUCCACCCGGCCAUCAGGGUAUUAGUGGAACUGAUGGAGUACAAGGGUCAAAGGGUAACCCGGGCCCAUCUGGAGAAAUAGGGCCUCCUGGUCAACAGGGAAACCCAGGACCACAGGGUUUGCUUGGUCCUCAGGGUCCCAUCGGACUGCCAGGAGAGAAGGGUCCCCAGGGGAAACAAGGAUUGCAGGGACUGCCAGGCAUUGAUGGGCCUCCUGGACAUCCGGGAAGAGAAGGCCCCCCAGGAGAGAAAGGCAUCCAAGGUUUGCCAGGUGCUCAGGGACCAGUUGGGUACCCAGGGACCCGUGGAGUCAAGGGAGCAGAUGGUGUCAGGGGUCUAAAAGGAAGCAAAGGAGAGAAGGGAGAAGAUGGUUUUCCUGGGUCCAAAGGUGACAUGGGCAUCAAAGGAGACAGGGGCGAUAACGGAGUUACAGGUGCUCGAGGAGAGGAUGGGCCAGAAGGGCCGAAGGGCCAAUCAGGACCCUUAGGAGAUGCAGGCCAACCUGGGAUAGCUGGCGAGAAGGGUAAACUUGGCGUGCCUGGAUUGCCUGGAUACCCAGGAAGGCAGGGUCCUAAGGGAUCACUUGGCUUCCCUGGCGUAGCUGGGCUCACAGGAGAAAAAGGACGAAGGGGUCCAGCUGGUCAGCCAGGGCCUGGGGGCCAAAGAGGUUCUAAUGGAGCUCGAGGUGGCAGAGGAGCAAAGGGGCCCACUGGAAAGCCUGGAGACAAGGGUUCCGCAGGACACGAUGGUCCUCCAGGGUCCCCUGGAGAACAGGGCCCCCAAGGGGCACAAGGAAGAAAUGGUGAAACAGGAUCUAAAGGGCCUAAUGGUCCACCAGGAAAAGAUGGAUUACCAGGUCACCCAGGCCAGAGAGGAGAGCCAGGCUUUCAAGGCAAGAAUGGCCCACCCGGCCCCCCAGGUGUUGUAGGACCCCAGGGAAAAUCUGGUGAAACAGGACCAACCGGUGAUAGAGGACACCCAGGUUCGCCAGGACCACCUGGAGAGCAUGGUUUGCCAGGAGCUGCUGGAAAAGAGGGUGCCAAGGGAGACCCAGGUCCUCCAGGGGCCCCAGGAAAAAGUGGCCCCACUGGACUUCAAGGCUUCAGAGGCAGCAGAGGGACCCCUGGUGGAAUGGGUCCUGCAGGUCUAAAAGGAGGAGAGGGCCUACCUGGCAUUGCGGGAACUACUGGUGCCACUGGGGAGAGGGGCCCUGCAGGGCCGGCUGGUGCUAUUGGACAGCCUGGACGAGCUGGUGGCGUAGGUCCUGCUGGGCCGAUGGGAGAGAAAGGCGAGCCAGGAGAGAAGGGGUUUUUUGGGCCAGCUGGGCAUGAUGGGGAACAGGGGCCUGUGGGACUGCCAGGGGCUGCAGGACCUCCUGGGCCUCCAGGAGAAGAUGGAGACAAGGGGGAGACAGGAGGACCAGGACAGAAAGGAAGCAAAGGAGACAAAGGAGAAGCUGGACCACCAGGACCCACUGGAAGUCAGGGACCUGUUGGACAGCCCGGACCACUAGGUGCAGAUGGUGAGCCAGGUCCUCGUGGGCAGCAGGGAAUGAAUGGUGUGAAAGGAGACGAAGGACCCAGAGGCUUUAAGGGGGCAUCUGGACCUUCUGGGCUACAAGGAAUGCCAGGACCAUCGGGGGAAAAAGGAGAAAGUGGGCAUGUUGGAACAAUGGGACCACCAGGACAGCAUGGUCCAAGAGGCCCUCCAGGACCAAUUGGUGGAGAGGGUCCACCUGGAACUUCUGGUGGAGUUGGGCAGCCUGGAGUUGUUGGGGAGAAGGGUGAAGAUGGAGAAGCAGGAGACCCUGGGCCGGUUGGUGAGCCUGGUCUUGUCGGUGCUAAAGGUGAUGUGGGAGAGAAGGGUGAUACUGGGCCUCCAGGGGCUGCUGGGCCUCCUGGAAGCAGAGGAGCUCCAGGAGAAGAUGGACCCAAAGGCAUUAUUGGCCCUAUUGGAUUCCCUGGAGAUUCAGGACCUUCGGGGGAAGCUGGCGUCAAUGGAGUGGAUGGUGUACCAGGGCCUAAAGGAGAUAAUGGAGAAGCUGGCAAAGCAGGGCCUCCAGGAGCCUCGGGAGAGCCAGGACCUACAGGACCACCUGGACGACGAGGUCAUGUAGGUGCUGCAGGAAAAGAAGGAAAACAAGGGAUGAAGGGAGCCAAGGGGAUAAUGGGAAACCUUGGCCAAGUGGGGAAGACAGGUCCAGUUGGACCACAAGGACAACCAGGGAGAUCUGGCCCAGAAGGUUUUCGAGGCAUCCCAGGACCUGCAGGAGAACAAGGGCUAAAUGGGCCACCAGGACAAACUGGACCACCAGGACCAAUAGGACCACCAGGACUUCCAGGACUAAAAGGAGACCCUGGAGUGAAGGGAGAUAAAGGUCACGGUGGGUUGAUUGGUCUUAUUGGCCCCCCAGGAGAUUUUGGUGAGAAGGGAGACAGAGGACUUCCAGGACCCCAAGGUGCACAAGGGACUAAAGGAGAUGAGGGUGUGGCCGGUCCACUCGGUCCCACUGGCCCACCAGGGCCACCUGGACUGUCAGGUGCAGCUGGUGAGAAGGGAACAAAGGGAGACAGUGGUUCUGUUGGUGCCAGAGGAGAUCCAGGUCCUGCUGGUCCCCCAGGAGCCCCCGGACCCCCUGCAACAAUAGUGGAACCCCUGCCUAUCAGGGAGGGGGGACGAAAGAAGCGAAGGCACUCCAGUCGGGCGGAAAGUGCAUCCCAAUUCAGGGAGGGGGGUGUGGAUCUGGAAGCGGAUGAGUUCCUGCAGGGGGAUCAGGCCUUAGAGGAACCAGAGGGAAUGGAGGAAGUCUUUGCUACCCUCUCGUCUAUGAAAACAGAGGUAGAGCAGAUGAGGAGGCCGCUGGGAACCUUCGAGAGCCCUGCCCGGACCUGCAAAGAGCUGAUGAUGGUUCAGCCUCACUACAAAGAUGGAGACUACUGGUUGGAUCCUAACCAGGGCUGUAACAGAGACUCCAUCAAGGUCUACUGUAACUUCACAGCUGAUGGAGAGACCUGUCUUGACCCUGACAAGAGGAUUGAGAUGGUGAAAUUAGCAGCCUGGAACAAAGAGAAGCCAGGAAGCUGGUACAGCCAAUACAGGAAAGGCAAGCAGUUCUCCUACAUAGACAAGGAUGGGAAUCCUGUACAUGUAGUUCAGCUGACCUUCCUGAAACUACUGAGUGCCACAGCCAAGCAGAGCUUCACCUACACCUGCCAGAACUCCGCUGGUUGGUUCGACAGCACCUCCCGCUCCUACCAGCACGCCCUCCGCUUCCGGGGCAGCAAUGAUGAGGAGCUGACACAAGCCAAAAACCCCUUUGUCAAUGCAGUGCAUGACGGAUGCCAGUUCCGCAAAGGUCAAGAAAGGACUGUUCUCGAGAUCGACUCCCCCUCAGCGGAGAUUCUUCCUAUAAUAGAUGUGGCUCCGAUCGACUUUGGCAACAGCAACCAAAAGUUUGGAUUCCAAGUUGGACGAGUAUGCUUCACUGGUUAGCAACGACGAGUAACUAAAGACCCACAGAAAAACUUUUCAGUUGAAUAAACUGAAUUUCUACUGUACCACUUCCCCAGAGCAAUAUUUAUUAUAUCUUGUUCAUGUACGUAUGGCUGGGUUGUGGUUUGUAAUUUAAGACUCUUCCCCGACCAAUGAAAUAGGUUGUCUGGCUUUACAACAAUAAGAAGAAUGGCGAGGACAAAAGAGGACAUGCAACAGUGGGAACAAUGAAUAUUUACGAAAGGGAAAUAUUCCAAUUAAAUGCGUUACAUUGUGUUUUUCCAAAUGCUCAUUAGCUAAUAACUAAUCUUUUAGAUUUAUAAGGACCGUGCCACUCGACAAAACCACUAAACGCAGCAGAUCGCUGUGAUGGGAGAAAGGACCCGUCAUGUCAUUCUGUGCUGUGGUUAUGCCUUUCCAGAACACGGCUGCAGUUGUUGCUGCCUAAUAUUUCUCAGAGAUGCUCAUUUGCAUGCUCAGAUUUCACCCUAAUGACAAUUGCGUAGCAGUUGGGAUUCUGUCUGGCAUAUUAAUUCCACACUAGCGCCAUAAUUAAUUUCCUACAUGCGGGACUGAUAAAUUGUCCUUUUUGCCCUUCAACUAGAGUUUAGUCAUUUACCUUGAUUAGUAUUCAACAGGCAUAGCCACAUAGUUAUUGAACCCAACACUUACUUGAAUGAAUAAGGUUGCUGACUUUAUUGGACUGCGUUCCUCUGUGGGCUUGAUAAUAAGCUUUUUGGAUCCACAGUCUGCACUACAGUGCUGCAUAUGUCAGACUAACAUCCUUUUAACUGCUUGCUGUGACAUACCUCAGCAACUACUGUAGGCUGGGGCUGGUUCAGGGCAAGAAUUAAAAGCAUGCUGAUUUAAAUGUUCUUCGCUUUUCACUGCAGAUCUUCAUACAUAGAGACAUUUCACACGUCGUGCAUUUUAUACUUGCUGACAUACACUGUUUUCACUUUUUCUGUCCUGCUUGGGGGAUUGUCUUUUUUGUUCCUAUGUUUGAUUUAAUUUGACCAGAUUAUGUUGCUGUUAAUAUGAUAUCAUUUGCUCUUCAUUGGUGCUAAAGAUGAUUUUGUAACUAUGUUCAGGAUGGACAGGAGAGCUUGAGGAUUACUGCUCUGGUUACUGCAGCACAAAACACAAGACAGUUAUUCCGUUUUACAUUGUUACUACAGCAUCACUCCAUCUCUUCCACGUUAUGAGCUAUAACAGAAUAUUUACACAGUCAUUAUGUAAAUUCUAUUUUAUUUGGUUGAUUUUUCUUCAAAUUUUGUUGAUGCUCUGUUCACCUCCUCCCACUCGAUCCCUGGACCGUGUAUCCAGUCAGUGUAAUUUUGCAGUUCGCUCUCACUGGUCUAGUUCUUUCAUAGCAUUUGAGCAUUUCAGUAACAGCCUCCUCUCCUCCUGUCCUGUCCUGCGUUGGUCCUCCUGUGUAUAGUGUUGUGCUAAUUUUAUAUACUGUACAGUUGUUCUGAGGAAUUUAUGAGAAACAAUCUGAUGUCUGAAAAAACACAAAAUGUCAAAAAUGGAUGUGUGAAUAAACAAAUAAGAAAUGAA